AUGUCUGGAGCCGCUCUUUCUACAUUAAGUUUAGCAUUUAGUCCACCUCCAUUUGACGCGUUUGUUAAUGACCAAGAAAAUAAUCAUGGUAAUGAACCAGUUGUAGAGAUAACACUCAAAGCUGAAUAUAAUGAGCGUGACGAAAAAAUUGACGGUCCCGUGACUAAUCCAACGACACCAUCCUAA